GUGAAAUGCUACAGCUCGGUGCAGGGCACCAUCUACGACUAUGGGGCCCUGACCAUCGACGGGGAAGAGUACGUUCCCUUUAGGAAGUACGCGGGGAAGAUGGUGCUCUUCGUCAACGUGGCCACGUACUGAGGCCUGACCCUGCAGUACCUCGAACUGAAUGCACUACAAAAUGAGCUGGGGCCCUAUGGGCUCGUUGUCCUGGGCUUCCCCUCCAACCAAUUUGGGAAGCAGGAACCUGGCCAGAACUCCGAGAUCCUCCCUGCGCUGAAGUACGUCCGGCCAGGGGGUGGCUUUGUCCCCAACUUCCAGCUCUUCCAGAAAGGGGAUGUGAAUGGGGCCAAGGAGCAGAAGGUCUACACCUUCCUGAAGAACGCUUGUCCCCCGGUGGCGGAGGAGUUUGGGAACCCCAAGAACCUCUUCUGGGAGCCUCUGCGGAACCACGACAUCAAGUGGAACUUUGAGAAGUUCCUAGUGGGCCCUGACGGUGUGCCCGUCAUGCGCUGGUACCACCGUGCCAACAUUGCUGUCGUGAAGAAUGACAUCAUUGCCUACAUGAGGCAGCAGCAGCAGGAGCAGCAGCAGGAUACGGACUUGCCCCCCCUGCUCCGCCAUCUCGCCUUGCCGGGCAGUGGGAGGAUGCAGGGGCCGGCUGCCCCCGGAGCAGAAGACCACGUCUCCAUGAAGGCUUGGCCCGAAAGCCCCUGGCACAGGGCGGGCCUGGCCUGA